GGGAGCGGCGGCCGUGGCCGCCUGGCGCCGGCUGUCAGCGCUCGGGAGCCGCGGGUCGGCGGCGGACGGCGGGAGCCCCCGCGCCAUGGAGCCGCAGGCACAGGGCCUGCUGGAAACCCAGUCUUUCAGUGAAGCAGAUGAAGAUGUGGUCACUGAUGUUGAUUUCACCAAUAUGAUUUCUGAAGAAGAAAAAGAAGAGUUAAAGAUUGAGCUAGCCAAGCUAGAGGAUGAAAUUUCAACUUUGCGGCAAGUGCUAGCAGCCAAAGAAAAGCACCUGGUUGAAAUUAAACAAAAGCUUGGCAUAAGUCUGAUGAAUGAGCUGAAGCAGAACUUCAGCAAAAGCUGGCAUGAUAUGCAGACCACUUCUGCUUACAAGAAAACACAUGAGACCCUGAGCCAUGCAGGACAAAAAGCAACAGCAGCUAUCAGCAAUGUAGGAACUGCUAUCAGCAAGAAGUUCGGAGAUAUGAGAUCGCAUUCAAUUGGCUACUCUAUUCGCCAUUCCAUAAGCAUGCCUGCGAUGAGGAAUUCUCCAACUUUCAAAUCGUUUGAGGAGAAGGUUGAGACCACUGUCACAAGCCUUAAGACCAAGGUUGGUGGGACAAGCCACACUGGGGGCAGUUUUGAAGAAGUUCUCAGCUCUACGGCCCAUGCCAGCGCUCAGAGCUCUCUUGCUGGCACCCGACUCCCUGAAAGCGAAGAAGAGCUUCAGUGUUAGACCACAGGCCUUCCUGAGCCUCACAUGCCUCUCUUCAGAGACUUGCCCAGCCAGUGAUUUUUAGACCUCCCUUGCCACCCAGCUUGUGCAACAAGGUUUUGUCAGCUUUGGAAAACUGCCUCCCUGGCCUUGUGCUGGAGAAACAUUUCCCCUCUCUGUUUGUAUUUCGGAUGGGUCGUUUUAUCAUCAGGUACCUCGUACACCAUAGAAGCCACGUGCAAGUCAUUGACGUACAAUGCUCUAAAUUCUAUCUGAAGUGACCAAAAUAGUUCUCAUUUUCAUGUAACUUCCCUCCAACAAUAUCCCAGUCUCUGUUUCUUAUUUCUUUUAGUUUACUGUUUUCUCUCUGUUGGUUUCCAACUCCCCUCUCGGUGCCACAUCAGACAGAUGGACCUAGAGCUGUGCAAAGAUUUCUGCUGCCAGCAACAGUCCACAUACCAGCUGUCUACCAGCCCUACCAGGUGCCCUUUGCUCUGUUACAUGAUCUGUUUCCUAAUGGAAUUAAAUCACUUAUUGUCACAACAACCUUUUUUUCCUUUGGUAUACAGGCUGGCAUUGCCCUUGAGUCAGCAGAGUUGAGGAGGACAGGAAGAGACACCCAGUUAUUCAUAUAGAAACUGAACUGAUUGCAGCUGCUGAUUUAAGAUGAUCAUUGUAGCUGGAAAAGCUUCAGUUUAAAAAUAUGUUCCCUUGCUUGCUCUCUGUGGUGUGAUAAGACUUGACAGUAUAAGUUCAUUACAAAGGGAAGUGGAGCAGAGGGAACUUCUAAUAAUUUUGCCUCCAUAUCUUCCCCUCAAAAAUAAGGGAAGGUGAAUUUAUGAGCCUCAGUCAAGAUACAGCCUUAAGUGAAAGAAUACAAACCCAACAAUUGGCUUAAGAUGUGCCAUAGGUUAGAGAGCCCAUGCCUUCGGUCUGCAUUUCAGAGCUGCUAGCAUAGACCCUGUUAUCUUACAAUGCACAGGAGGAGCGAGUACUUCACUUCUGGUGUCAAAUUUUGUCGUGCUUCACUCCAGGACGUAAUUCCAUCAGCUGCACUGUAUCUGCUUAAUCAUCAAAAGCCAGUCAUCUCUCAGCUUUGCUUCAGCAUGUUUUCUUGCAUCCUUUUAAUAUUUUUUCCUAAGAAAAGAGCAGCACGCUUGUGACACUAUCCUGCUGUCUGCUGAGCAUGUGUCAGUCUGCAUGUUGGAUUACUCAGUUCGCCAGACCGAGAUGAGCACAACUUUUUCAAUAUGGUAUAGAAAACAGUCUGGCUACUUUCAAAAUGGAUGCAUUUUUUAAGCAUAUGCCAAAGCUUCAAAAAAAAAAGCGUUAGUGAGUUUGACAUUACAGGCUGCUUAUAAUCUUGUGAGGCUUUUUUUCCUGUGUGGCUUUGGUUACUCUUUUUACAAGGUUGGCAGUCCUUUCAUAAUGUUCUACUGGACAUAAUUUAACUUUGGACAUUUAUAUCAAAUGCUUCUUUAGUGUGAUUUUAGCAUGGAAGCAAAAUUAAUUAGGUUCUUUUAGUACAGUUUUCUUGUGAUAGUUUGCUAGCUUAUUUUGUGCUUUUGUGCAUAAACGUGACUUUAUUUAAGUAAAGAAGAUAUUAAUGGUCACCUUAGUUUGUGUAAAUGAAGUUAUUGAUAUUCUCAUUAAAAAUAAAUUCUCUCUUACUCUUUUA